GCAUCAAAUUCAUAAUGACUAUCCUCCACAUUCUGAUCCUCUGCUUCUUAUCAGAUGCAGCCAGGUUUGCCAAAGCAGGCAUUUGGGUUGGACCUGAAGGAGGAAAUUUAUCACUUUACAGCCACUUCACUCGAUCUGGAAGCACAAAGUUCUUCUGUAAGAAGAAAUGUGAGCGAACAGAAGAUAUUCUCUUAAAAACAGAUGGAACCACAGCUCAGAGCGGCAGAUACAGCAUUGAAUACAAAGAAGGAUCUUCAGGAUCUUCAGGAAGAGGGAGGCUGUCUUUUACCAUCACACAUAUGACAGCCUCUGACUCAGGAAUGUACCGGUUUGGUUUGGGCAACUCUUCUGCUCCAGAUUCAUACUCUAACUUUAACGUCAGAGUUUCAAAUGACUUUCAUAAAAAAUCUGGAUUCAUCCGUGCAGAAACUGAAGGAAAACAAAUACAAUUUGGAUGUGCCAAUGGCAAACAUGGAACGAGGAAGUUCCUUUGUAAGAAUCCAUGUAACAAUGAAGGGAACGUUCUCAUUGACACAACCAAUGAGAAAGCUGAGAAUGGCAGAUACAGAAUUGAAUACAGAGCAGGAUCUGCAUUUGGACUGUACGCAGCUAUCACACAGCUGACCGAGGCUGAUACUGGACAAUACAGAUGUGGUUAUGGCAACCCUCUGACUCCAGAUUCAUACAUGACUGAAGAUAUUGUUGUCAUAGGUGAUUCAAACCCAGCAGCCUCCACACCACCAACAACACAGACUCAAAGUUUCACUUCCGGAAGCUCCAAACGUUCUUCAGAUUGUCCUGACUCCUCGUUGUUUCUGGCUGUGCGUCUGUCCUUGGUUGGUGUUUUGCUGUUGUCUGUUUUUCUGCUGCUCAUGUACAUUUGUAAGAUCAGGAGGAAUGCUGGACUGAACACCAGAGAAAAUCCAGACGACACAAACAUGGAGUUAUCGGCUACAUACGAGAACUAGGGUCCAACCUCCAAACAAGAAGACUCCAGAAGUGCCAAGAACAAACCUACUCUGUAGUUAUAAAGACACACAUGCACACACACGCACGCACACCUCC